AUGUCCACUAUAAAUGACAAUGAAAUUGUAAUAACUUUUGACGAACUGCGGCAAUUAGAUAAAGCCGACAUUUCUGUGUGUGUAGAUAAAUACAGUGCGUUAAGUAUUUGUGAGAAAAGCUCUGCUCAUCCUGGUGAAAUUUAUAAUAUCUGGGCGCAAAAACUAUUCAAAGCUUAUGAUGUGGAGGAUUUUUCCAGCAAAGAUUGGCACAGGAUUAUUGAACACUUGAACAAUGUAUUGCUGGAGUUUGUUAAAAAACUAAACGCUACAAAUGAUACAACUAAUAAUCAAUUGGAACAGUGGUGGUUAGAUACUCAAGAAUUGUUAAAAUGGUUGGAAAAAGCAAUCAACUCUCUUGACAUCGUUAUAAUUAGUUUAAUACUUACAUUUGUUUUGGAAAUUGUAAUUAAAACUUGUAAAUUUGCAAACAAGAGAAAUCUUAAAAGAUUAUUGAAGCUACAACAGUUAAUAAUAAACCUGACCAACAACUCCAUAUUAAAAUUGCCCAUUGCAGAUGCCAACGAGUUUGAAAGUUUUAAUAAAGUUGUUUAUGUUUUUAAAGUUAUAUCAUCAUUAUGUGAUGUUGGCUGUUUGAUUUCGUCGUCUGAUUUUAAAACAUCUAUAGAAACAUGGCGUGCUGUAGUCAAAUUAAGUGAAAAAUAUAGUAAUUGUCAUAGAAAUUUUCCUGAUACUGAAAUUGAAAAUUGUACAAAUACAGAAACGCAUUGGUAUGCUAAAGCAAUAUUGGGUAUAUUUAAGGAACUGAAUCAAAUUAUACGUCUCUACAAUCGGAACCCAGCCUCAAGUAAUGACAACUUGUUACAAAUAGCACAGUUUUAUAUGAAAAUUCUUAGAAUAAUUAUUAAUUAUUCCAAGGACAAAGUGAAAACAUUUCCAGCCACGAAAGAAUUUAUUGAAUUAUAUAAUCUAUGUCAUCAUGACAUGGCAAAAAAUGAUAAUCCCAAAAUAGAUUUAUUAAUUAAUAAAGGUAUAUUUGAUAUACUUUUACUAAUUUACAGCGAAAAUGGUAUGGUGGAGUUAAUUCUGCAACACCUUAAAUAUGAUGUGGAUAAUUUUGAAUCUUGUGAUUUAGUGUUGGAUUAUCUUAAAGUCAACAUUGAAAAUUGUUGUAAAAAUCGUUUAAAUGUUAGACCACAUGUAGAUGUGCUAUUGAAGUUAUAUAAUUGUUUAUUUGAAGGACCUUUAAUGUUCAUCGAUGGAGAUAAAUAUAUUAAAAUAUUGGAAUAUUUCGUUGUAUUAACUGCUCUUGAUUCUACCAAUGAACUACAUAAGAAAUUGUGUGAAUAUGUAUUGAAUUCAAGUUGGAUUCGAGCUUAUGCCAGUAUGGAAAUCUUAAAUAUAUACUACAGAAACAUUUUCAAUCAAGGCAAAAGUGUUGCAAAUUUAAAUUGUUUAGAAUUUUGGCUUAAAAUGUGGAACAAAUUAAACAAAUCCAAUGACGGAUUUAGACAACAUAAAAAAUUAAUUGAAGUUUUACUUAAAACUACAUUACUCAGUAUUACCGAUGCUAAACUACAACAUUACCAUUGCAAUAAGUUGGAAAAUAUGGAAAUGAUAUUAUUAAUAUGUGACAAAGAAACUGAACAAAGUAUGCAAUAUUUACAAACAAGUUUAGUUAAAAAUCUAACGAAAAUGCAAGAACGUCAUAUAAAUGGUUUGGGGUACAGGGAAUUGCUAAACUUAUUGGAAAUUUGUGCCUUCAAACCACAACUACUAAAUAAUCAUCUAAAAGAAAACCUUUUAGCGACAUUUACUGGCUUAUUUUCUUUAUCACCAUCAGAACUUGGUAGAUUUCGAGAAUUUGUGAAUAAAUGUUUAAGAAUUUUCUGGUUAAAACAAGAUAAGCUGCUUAAUGAAAAACUAUUAAAGUAUUUAAUGGGACACGAACAGCACUGUUGUAAUAUACAAAGUGUAUUUUUAAUAGAAUUUGUGCUGAAACAUAGACCGCAGUCUACUAAACUAUUACAAGCUUUAAAUACCUAUAACAAACUAACAACUAGCAUAAUCAGUUUAAUAGAACAUGCCCCAUUACAUAAUAAAUCAAUAGAUUUCAAAGUUUUCAAAGACCUAAACAAGAACUUUAAACAAUCAAGUAGCCCCCAGAGUGAGCAAGAGCAAAUCAAGAAAAAACCACGUCUAGAUAAAGGUAAUUUUUCAAACAUUAAAUUUAUUUUAAAUGAUCUGCACUUAAACACUCAAAAACUUUUAAAUUUUGAGCACUCAACAUUCGAUGCUAAAGAUUUUGAAUUAAUGCAAAAGAUUAAGAAUAAUAUAGACAAAUGUUUAACAAAAUAAAUUUUACAUCUGAGGUUUUUUUUUUAUUGUUAUCAUUAAAUAUACAUACAUAUUAUAAUAUACAAAACAUAUUAUACUUAAAUUUUAUAUACAACAUUUUAAGCUUAAAAAUAAAUCAUUACAACUAAAAUAAAACGGCAAGGCGCAUUUAAAUAAUA